UGCCACCCUCUCCAGCAUCAGCCAUUUCACACGGGGCUUAAAUAGUGCAGUUAGUUCUUGGGAUCUUUUUAGACAGUACGAGGAAUAUUCAGUUAUCAUAAAAGAAAUUUAUAAAUAAAUGUUAUUCUAGAACACACAAUGAAUACAGGAAUAGGUACAAAAAACUAGUGUGUGUGUCACCCAACCUUAGUUCAAAUCCAUAUUCUGAUCCACUCUGCCUGUAAAAAUGUGCUGAUAUUUCAGGAUCCUGAUCUGUGCACAUUAAAAUAAAUGCGUCUGUAGCUGUCCAUGAAUGACGGGUGGAUGCAUCAGGAACAGGUACUAAACAGGUCCUUCUGAUGUGAUGAUCUCAGUAUAUGUGUACCUCACAGGGAGCUCCGGGGGGCGUCUGUGGUGCCGUACCAGCCUCCUUCAGUCUACAACGGUAAAGCGCUCCAGUCACUCACCGCCGCCAACGAGGAGAGCCUGAGGUCCUGGGACGCCGGCGUGUUUAGUGACAUGGACAUCCCCGACCAGCUCCGCCUCAUCGUGCACAAUGAAGACACCUACAGGCAGGCCAUCGCCAUCAUCAACAAAGUCUCACAAACCAAAGUGUGGAUAAAACCACUCUGGAAACGUGUCCUGGUUUACAUGGCAGGGGUCUUAUUCAUCCCGUCCUGGUAUGGAAUACAUACAUUUUUAAUUGUGUUAUUAUCUUCUCCUGGGACGAUAAUUCCCACACUACCUCUUGGAUUUAUGUUCACUAGCUUUACACUUAUAUUUACUGUCCCUUUGGGGAUUUUCAUUCAGCUCUGUCUCUGGAGAUGGGAUGACGACCAGAACAUAGUGAGGGAGAUGCAGAAAGCUGUAGGCCAAGCAAAUGUUUUCAUGUCAAAGGAGAAGGUCUUGAUGGGUUGUCGGUCCAAUUCCAAGAUCUACCUGGUGUAUGUUUCGCUGGACAGAUGCAGACAGGUGUUUGAGGAGACUUUUUCAGAGAGGGCCUGCUCUGAAGACAUGUUUAACCGAGCACUCUUGUUCUUCUCUUCGGGCUACACAUGUUGUCUCGCUAAAAAACACUUCCCCUUCGACACACCGGUCUCUAGUGGCCACCUGCCCAGAACUGUGUGCUUCUGUCAGUAUGUCCGUCACCAACUGGACAAAGGACAGUGGCUGGACCAGUGAAGCCUCCUCAGAUACAGUAUGUGUGAACAGGCACAGAUACAUGGAUGUGCUACUAGUGAAAAGAAAACAACAUUUUUAAUAAUCGUGCUCCACCUCCUGUAAAAGAGUUUGUGAAAAGAAACUGAAAUCGGACAAGAGCAGCUCUAGAGGCGACGGCUCUGUGCAGUUUAGGAAAAGUGCUUUUGGACAGACUCUUUUGCUUCUGGAGCAGUUCAAACACGGACCACAGAGCAGCUCAUGUACGAGAACUUUCAAAACUGCAGCAUUUUCUAAAGCUUUAAAACAGUGACGUUCAGUGGCCAAAUAUGUCACCAUGUUUAACAAAAUGACUUUUUUUUUUAAUACUAAGGGGUUGCUGGUUUAACUCUUUAACUCUUGAUUUUGAACUUCAAAUUAACUGAAAUGAAUUGUAUGUAGUGUGAGUGUACUGAUCUUUUUAAGGAAAAUGAAUUCUUUUAACAUCAAUAAUGUUCUUGACGAUAUCAAAAUGCCAACAUCUACGUCUGUGCAGCCUUCAGAGGCUUCAAUCCAGGUAUCAUUCAUUCAUUUGGUUUUCAAAAUAAAACCAAAAAUAAGAUAAAGAAAAAAACAACUAUUUUUUUCAUUAUUUGUCUCCAGAACCAAAAUGGAAAAAAAAAAAAAAAAGAUAAUGACUGUGUCCUGUUUCCGUGACUUAAAUUGUGAUGCCGGACUGAACCAGGUCUAGACCACGUCUAAACCAGGUCUAAACCAGGACUAAACCGUUCUCAGUCCUGGUCUCAAUCCUGAUCUUGUCCCUGUCUCAGUCCUGGUGCUGGUCCCAGUCUGGUCCCAGGUCUCAGUCCUGAUUACCCAACAGUCUAUGUGGGCACAACUCCGGGCCCGUCCCGACACUUCUGGUUCAGUCUUGGUUUAGUCCAGCAUCGCAGUUUAAGUCAUGGAAACGGGAAACGGUUGUUCUCUGUUUUUUCCACUAUUCAUUUAAACACAAAAUCGAAAACUGAUAAAACGAAUCGUUAUCUGUUUUGUUCAUUUUGGUUUUGGAGACAAAUAAUAAAGAAAAUAGUAUUUUUUUCGUUUUCUUAUUUUUGGUUUUAUUUUGAAAAACAAAUGAAGGAAUGAUACACGGAUUGGCCUCAGUGGCAAUUUCCAGUAGUUGGUGACAUCACAAAGGACUGCCCCUAUUACAGCCAGCUGUUCCAGAUUACAAACACUUGGCUGAAGAGGUGGAGUUUGAAGUGUGGACACCUCUCACUCUUUCCUCUUUCACUCUCUUCUUUAGGUACUCAUCACUUUAGCAGCUCUGUUUGAAAUGUUUUGUGUUUAGUCCCACUUUAAGCGGGGCUGUGUUCAUUUACUCCUUCACAUGCUGCACUGUGGGGCUUGUUGCGUCUGUGCUGAGCAGGGGAAGUAAAAGUAAAGAAGCAGAGUAAAAGCAGAACCACACAACUGUGCCACAUUUAAAGGGAUGUUGGACUGAUCACAUCUGAAACUCACUUGAAUAAAGCACUGUCCCUUUAAGACAAACCUUUUACUCGUUUUGUCUAAACUCCGUUAGUCGUCAUUGGAGCUCGUUUGAGUCAGCCUCCACCCUCUGGGAGGAGGUACAGGAGCCUCUGUUCCUGCACCACCAGACUCAUCAGCAGCUUCAUCCUCCAGGCUGUUAGGAUGCUGAACUCUCUCCCCUCUGUAACCACCAGGUGAACAGGAAGAAGGAUUUUAUUAUUAUUUAAUUUACAAGAUUGAGAGUGAGAACAUAAUGACAGUUUUUCAUUAUCUUCAGAUGGAAAUUUGACAAUAAACUUUUUGAAUUGAAUUUGUGCUUCUGACAGAUAAUGGAGCCUGCACAUUUGACUGACAGCUCUGAUGUCCAAUCACAUCUCAUUUCUGCAUUUGUCCCGCCCACUUUGAGAGAAGAGGAAUACUACCAUGUCUUCUUAAGCUACAGCAGCACUGACUACAGAUGGACCCAUGCACUGGUGGACAGACUGGAGGCUGCUGGGCUGCAGGUGUGUUACCACGAGCGAGACUUCAUUCCAGGACGCACUAUUCUGGAGAACAUGUCCGAGUGCAUCCAGCAGAGUCAGAAGGUUCUGCUGGUGCUGAGUGCAGAGUUUGUGUGCAGUCGCUGGUGCCUUCUGGAAGCCAACAUGUCUCUGUUCAGAGACUGCCUGGAGAGGAAGCCCAUCAUCCCUGUUCUCCUGGAGCCAGAGGUGUGUGUCCCUCUGCACCUGUGUCACCUCACCUACCUCGAGGCCGACCACCCCGACUUCACCAACAAGCUGCUGCACGUGCUCUGCACCCCCAACAGGGAGCUCCGGGGGGCGUCUGUGGUGCCGUACCAGCCUCCUUCAGUCUACAACGGUAAAGCGCUCCAGUCACUCACCGCCGCCAACGAGGAGAGCCUGAGGUCCUGGGACGCCGGCGUGUUUAGUGACAUGGACAUCCCCGACCAGCUCCGCCUCAUCGUGCACAAUGAAGACACCUACAGGCAGGCCAUCGCCAUCAUCAACAAAGUCUCACAAACCAAAGUGUGGAUAAAACCACUCUGGAAACGUGUCCUGGUUUACAUGGCAGGGGUCUUAUUCAUCCCGUCCUGGUAUGGAAUACAUGCAUUUUUAAUGGCGUUAUUAUCUUAUCCUGGGACAAUAAUUCCCACACUCCCUCCUGGAUUUAUGUUCGCUAGCUUUAUGCUCAUAUUUACUGUCCCUUUGGGGAUUUUCAUUCAGCUCUGUCUCUGGAGAUGGGAUGACGACCGGAACAUAGUGAGGGAGAUGCAGAAAGCUGUAGGCCAAGCAAAUGUUUUUAUGUCAAAGGAGAAGGUCUUGAUGGGUUGUCGGUCUAAUUCCAAGAUCUACCUGGUGUAUGUUUCGCUGGACAGAUGCAGACAGGUGUUUGAGGAGACUUUUUCAGAGAGGGCCUGCUCUGAAGACAUGUUUAAACCGAGCACUCUUGUUUCUCUCUUCGGGCUACACAUGUUGUCUCGCUAAAAAACACUUCCCCUUCGACACACCGGUCUCUAGUGGCCACCUGCCCAGAACUGUGUGCUUCUGUCAGUAUGUCCGUCACCAACUGGACAAAGGACAGUGGCUGGACCAGUGAAGCCUCCUCAGAUACAGUAUGUGUGAACAGGCACAGAUACACGGAUGUGCUACUAGUGAAAUGAAAACAACAUUUUUAAUAAUCUUGCUCCACCUUCUGUAAAGGAUUUGUGAAAAGAAAUUCAAAGUGCUUUUGCACAGACUCUUUUGCUUCUGGAACAGUUCAAACAUGGAACACAGGGCAGUUCAUGUAUGUGAACUUUCAACACUGGCAGCAGUUUCUAAAGCUUUAAAACCGUGAUGUUCAGUGGUCAAAUAUGUCACCAUGUUUAGCAGAAUGACAUUUUUUAAAAUACUACAAGGGUGAUUCACAAGGCCCAACAAAUAAUGGCAAGCCCUGAGCUGCCACUCUGUGAGGAGUUGAACCUCUUUCCUUCUGGGCGACAUCUGAGAAUGCCCCGGAUCAGAACUCAGAGAGCUCGGACUUCCUUUGUUUCUGAAGUCAUACCUAGGAUGAUGCUAGAAUGAAUCUUACAGCUUGGAUCAGUCGUGGUGAAAUGCGGUUACAUUUCUUGUUCUAUUUUUAAGGGAAUGUUUGUCUGCACUGUUGAGCUAAACUUAAGCUGUGGUUUAGUGUGUUAUUGAGUUGUAUUCUAAGUCUACUGUGUGUCUGCACAUCAGUUUCCCUCUGGAACAAUAAUAAAGUUGAAGUUGAAGUUGAAGUUGAAAGUUAUGAGUGAAUUGUAUGUACAGUGAGUGUGCUGUAGUUGUGUGCUUUUGUGUGAUUGUUGCUGUACUUUUCCCAGUCCUGUACGUCAUUUCACAUCAACCUGUCGAAGAAAUGAAGAUGUGAUGGCUAUAAUCUCUACAUAUUUACAUUUUAAAUAUUCAUUAAUGUGUGUUGUCUGUUUUCCAAUAAAUAAAUAAAUGCUUAAGAAAUAAAUAUAAGAAUAUACUCGGAGGAUUUUUG